AAGCCCUACACGCCGCUGCCGCCGCCGCACGACCAGCCCAGGUCCGAUCGCCCAGGCCUGCCCGACCCGGCGCCCAGCCCUGCUCUCUCGCCUCGCCUGCUCGUCUCCUCCCUCCGCCGCCACCGCCGCCGCCGCAUGGCCAGCCCAGGCCGGCGCCUUCUGGCUGCAUUUCUUUAAGGCAGGUAAAGGACUGUCAGCGCGUCCAUUCGUAGGUGCGGGACAGCGCGAGUGCGCACGCCGGCGGCCGGCACGCGCUGGGGCACUUCCUGCUUCCGAGUCUGCGGCGCGGGCAAAGCGGCAAGCGCGACGGCGGCGUCCGGUGCAGCCUACAGCACUCAGCCACGCUCUGAGCGGCCUUGCCCCUGCCCGCCUUGACGCGGACGCUGACGCCCAACGGAGGCACGCUCGGUCACCGGCGGCAAAGUCAGGCUACCUCGGAUCUACGCUCCGUUGAGACUUUGUGGCAAUUAAGGUUUGUGUGAGCACACCAGAUCUGGUGUGACAAAGAUACCCCCACAGCACUGAGAAGCUAUCAAGGAAGCUCACUCUCGAGUACUUUGUCCCCCUUUCCGCUGCAUCAGCACAUAUUUUUGCAAGAACAGAGAAGCGUGAGGGGGGCAAUGGAGCAAGAAGCAGUGGCAGCUUUGGUAGCCGAGCAGAAGGAAAUGGUGCAGCUCAGGGAGGGUAUCCUCCACCACUUCGAGCAAAUCCUCCAUCAAGACCCCCUCAUAGAUGAAGUGGGGUUCUUGCACCCAACACAGUUCCAAUCACUAGAACACAUCCAAACUGGUAACUGGACAUCUGAAGCACCUGAAUGUCCUUGGACAUACCUCUGGUGCAAAGACCACAAGCUUGCCAUAUCCAUGGAAAUCCUACCUAAGCUCUACAGUGCUGCACGGCAUGCAUACACCAAUUCAGCAGCAGCCAAGGAUGGUCCACUAAUGGAAACUGAUCUGAUGAGGCACAGCAAGGCACUGCUCAUUCUUUGCCCUGACAUGCUCACUGCAUGGAACUCAAGGAAGAUGGUGCUAUCAGUGAAUUAUGAUUUCACUAAGCUCAAGGAUGAGCUGCAAUUGUGUGCCUUAAUCCUUUCGUACUCACCAAAAAAUGAAAGCACCUGGAGCCAUAGGAGAUGGGUGAUCAAGAAGGUUUCAGAACACAACCAUGAUAUGUCGGAGAUUAUAGAGAGAGAAUCUUUACUAGUGAAAGAGAUAGCAGAGAAAUCAAAGAUGAACUACCGUGCGUGGAGGCAUCGCUGCUGGCUUAUUCCCUACAUGACAAGAGAACAGGUUCUGAAUGAGUUGAAGAAAUCAACAAGAUGGAAUGAGUUACAUGUCACUGACAACUGCUGUUUUCACUAUCGACAGCGCCUACUGCUUGCAUCACUAGACAUUUGCCAAGUAAAGAACACAGAAGAUUCCCUUGAUAGGAGGUCAGAAGUUCAUUUGCUGUGGAAGGAGGAACUGACGUGGAAUGAGAUGCUCAUCAGACGCUACCAAGGGAGAGAGUCUUUGUGGAACCAUCGUAGGUUCCUCUCGCAAUGGUGGGUGAAGUUCUUGCUCAACAGUGAAGAAACAGAGUGUGCUGCAGGCACAUCCCUGGUGGAUCUCUUCCUAUCCCAGGAGAUAUACCUCCUGUCAGACUGCCUGAAUGCCCCUGCCGAUGAAUUUGGUGAGGCGUGCGCCCAAGCGGGGCUUGCGGCGCUCUACAUUCUCUGGAUAUCAAGGCAAGUUCCAGCCGUGAAAAUAAAGCUGGAAGAAAGGCUACAUUCCGUGGGGAGCCUGGAGGAUGUUUUAGCAAGGGCCUGCCCGGAGAGAAGUAGACUGUGGAUGCAAUUGAUAGCUUGACAAUAGAAAAUAGAACGAGGACAUGCAGCAUACAGAGUCUCUAAUGAAAUUAUGAUCUAUGAUUACCUAGUACUGUAGGCUAACUGUUCUGAUUUGUCUUCUCCAGUACUUAGUGGGGAAAUUUGCAACUGUGACAUUAUAAUUUUGCAAAUGGCAAUGCACAUUUGUUUAGUGUUGAGAGGACGGCAGUUCACUUUGGGGUUAUGCAGUCGAAAUACUGAAAUGGCAAUGCACAUUGCACAACAAAGAGAAAGAUAAAUGAGAAUUGGUUGACUAGCCAUUCUUGAUUAGAAUGAGAUCACUGUAAUGCUCAGGGUU